AUUAAACGAAUCGGGUUAGACAUGAGAUGUUAAGGUAGGAAUUUUGAAAAAUAAUGAUUUAUUGGAUGACUUAAAUGCCCUUGACCAUGUAUUAGGUAAAACGGCGACGUAUCUGUGAUCUGGUUUGCGCCUCCGGUCGUAUAAACACACAGUGGAGACGCAAAUCGUGUGUGUGUGUGUUUUUGUGUGAGAGAACCAGUGAUGAGCGGAGCAGCGUCGUAUCUGGCGAGGAGGGCAGCGCAGAGGGAGAAAGUCAGAAUCCUCUACAGACGUGCCCUCAAAGACACUCUCAAUUGGGCCGUUCACCGCCAUCUCUUUUACCCCGAUGCCGAUGCACUUCGUGAGAGAUUCGAUGCGAACAAGAACGUGGAAGAUAUUGAAACAAUUGAUAGAAUGAUUGCAGAUGGUGAGGCACAGUACAAUAAGUGGCGACACCCUGAUCCUUACAUUGUUCCAUGGGCUCCUGGUGGCAGCAAGUUUACUCGCAACCCUACACCACCUUCUGGGAUUGAGAUUGUGUAUGAUUAUGGUCGAGAGGAUCACAUUUGAAUCUAAUAUGGCUCCAUGGCAAUAAAUCAAGGUGGUUUGUUUAGCAAGUGUUUUGUGUGACUUUUUGUCAUCAAAGACAGACAUUGGUAUGAAUUGUUUUAAUGAAUGUGUUUUGAUUGGGGCAUGAAUGUUGAUGAAAACUUUCUCCUUUCAUUUCAUGGCUUUUUUGCAAUAUUUCUUUUUCUUUUGGGGGAACUUUUAUGCACGACUUUCAUACUUGUCUAUUAUCAUUAUUAUGAAUAAGUUGAUGAUGCUGAUUUUUCAAAAUACAAACUUUAUUUCUUUUCCAUGUAAAUGCCCCUUGAUCUUUCAUUAAUUAUAUAGAUAGAAAAUAAGCAACGAAAUAGAUUGAGUGCAUAUCUUCUCUGCAAUAUGGAACUAUUCUUCAUAGGUGAUGUUUUUAGUUCUUAUACCAAUUAUAUGCAUUGAAGUGGAUUUUUUUUAUUCAUAAAUUGGUAGAUUUUCUUAUGAAGUUGGAAUGUAGUUUUUCUAUUGGAUUUCUUUGUUCGUUGUUAUCAGAAUUUGUAUUAAUUUAGAGAAAAAUGAUCAAAAUUGAUACAUAUAAUCCAUAUUUGAGUAUGUAAUUAAAUACAAAUACACCAAGUACAUCUAGC